UCAUAUAAAACUACCACAGGCUCUCAUUCUGCACUGGUCGGAUUUGGUUGACUCAGAGAAGAGAAUUACGCAGAGAGGUAUAUUAGGCUGAUCAGCCUCCCUUUCUAGAGGCCUAAAGAGAGAAACCAUGGCCUCUAUAACCUCACAAUCCUUCUUUUCUCUCUCUAAACCCAAAUCCGACAGUAAUAAUACCGUUAAAUCUUCCUUCAUCCACCACCUCAAACAACCCUCCUCCACCAUCAAGAUUUUCCGGAAACCAAAGGAUAAGCAGCGAUCAUUGUCGGUGGUGGUGGCCUCGGUGGACAACGAACUUGACGUCAUCCCCGUGCAGAGUGACGACAGAGUUGACCAGCAAAGUGGCGUCGUAUGUAUGGAGAGGGAAACAGAUGGAACGGAUCUAGAAACGGUGGUGGGUCAGGUGGUGGGGGGAUUUGGUAAUGAGGCUUCAGGAAGGCUGUCGUUUGAGGGUGCUUCUGGGUUUUCAUCUGCUGGUUCUAGUGUAGGUGAUGGAGAAGAAGUGGAUAUAAGGAGGCUUAUUGAUAGUGCUAUUAAUGCCACCAUUGUCUUGGCUGCUGGAACUUUUGCUAUCACAAAGAUGCUGACUAUAGAUCGUGAUUACUGGCAUGGAUGGACCCUCUAUGAAAUACUGAGAUACGCACCCCAACACAACUGGAGUGCAUAUGAGGAAGCUCUUAAAGCAAACCCCGUCUUAGCAAAAAUGGUAAUAAGUGGAGUGGUGUAUGCUGUGGGGGAUUGGAUCGCACAGUGUUAUGAAGGAAAACCUCUGUUUGAGUUUGACCGUGCUCGCGCAUUCAGAUCUGGGCUAGUCGGCUUUACACUGCAUGGAUCCCUUUCCCAUUAUUACUAUCAGUUCUGUGAGGCUCUAUUUCCUUUUGACGAUUGGUGGGUGGUUCCUGUGAAAGUAGCCUUUGAUCAAACGGCAUGGGCUGCUGUUUGGAACAGCAUUUACUUUACAGUAUUAGGAGUUCUCCGGCUUGAAUCCCCUGUCAAUAUUUUUAAAGAAUUAACGGCUACAUUCUGGCCCAUGUUAACUGCGGGUUGGAAGCUUUGGCCUUUUGCUCAUCUCGUUACCUACGGUGUGAUCCCUGUUGAACAAAGACUUCUUUGGGUCGACUGUGUGGAGCUCAUUUGGGUGACAAUAUUAUCAACUUAUUCGAACGAGAAAUCAGAAGCCCGCAUCUCUGAUUUACCUGCCGAAGCUAAUGUCGAUGCAUCGUCAAAACGUACACCUGAGGUUUGACAGAAUAGACCAACCGAGACCAGAUGAAGCGAUGAGAAAUCGAUUGCAAGGAGAUAAUUGAAGCCAUCUAUACGAAGGUAACAAGGCUGCAGGUACCGAUCGAGUGUAAAUUCUCUAUGUACUUUGUGCAGAUCUUUUCGGUAUCUGUAUGUGCGCAUUAAUUCUUGACUUGGAAAAUGUAGUUUAACUAGUCAUGCCUAAAACAUGCAGUGUCGACAUUUUUAUAUAAGAAUCUCCACUUUCU